GUUUAGGACAUUAACAAAUAGUUUUUGUUAAUCCCACUCCUCUCACACCCACCGUUUUCCUGAGGGCAGAGGAAAGGCCAGUCUCGGGCCCUGGUUUUUUCCGGUCGGCGCAGGCCCGGGCCUGAGGAGGCGGGGGCGGCAGCGGUGUGAUGGGUGGGUGUCUGCAGACAAGCAAAUAGUAUCCUAUGGAGUAAUUUUUAGCUCUUCCUUCCAGAAACAUUUUUAGAAGUUUGACAUUCAGUUAUUUUCUUUCCUCCGACUGCUUUUUUUUUUUUUAGCGCUCGAUAUCCAUUCCCGUUGCUAGCCCGUGUUUGUGUGCGGCCCAGCGGCCGGGCCGGGCCCGUGACGCCCCGCCCGCGUUGCCGGGGUAGCGGCGGCCGCCAUGAGCCGUCGGAAGCUGCAGCAGCUGGUGGAGUCGCUGGGCCGAUCCGCCAAGCACUUCAAUAAAGGCGAGGUGGAAUGUCUGAUCAAGCUUUUCAACGCGCUGGUGAAGAGACCAGGCCAGUCCAGCAGCCGCUUCGCCGGGGCGGGCUUCGACCGCAACAUGUUCAGGGAGACGCUGCACAGCACCUUCGGCAUGACGGAUGUCAUGCUCAUGGACAGAGUGUUCCGCACUUUCGAUAGAGACAACGACGGCUGCAUCAGUGUGGUGGAGUGGGUGGAAGGCUUGUCAGUGUUUCUGCGGGGGACGCUGGAGGAAAAGAUUAAACACUGUUUUGAGGUUUACGACCUGAAUGGUGAUGGAUACAUUUCAAGAGAGGAAAUGUUUCAAAUGCUGAAAAACAGCCUUCUCAAACAACCAUCAGAAGAAGAUCCUGAUGAGGGAAUUAAGGACUUGGUAGACAUAGCACUGAAGAAAAUGGACUAUGACCAUGAUGGCAAGCUUUCUUUUAUGGACUUUGAAAAAGCAGUCAGAGAUGAGAAUCUUCUCGUAGAAGCCUUUGGACCAUGUUUGCCAGACCUAAAGAGCAGCAUGGCCUUUGAAGAGAAAACCUUCCGGGGAAACUCGUAAACUGUAACUCCAAGAGGAAUACUGCUGUAUGUAUUAUGCAUUAUGAAAGAUGGUAUACUACGCAGUACACAGGAGAGGACUGCUACAAUAUCAUCUUACACUGUUUGUUCAUUCCAAGAAACACAUUGAUACAAUUUUUAACAAGG